AUGGCGAUGUGUAUCUCCGGAGCUGUGCUUAAUGGUUUGGGUUCUUCGUUUUUGAACAUCAGAGGCAAGAGAAGCGGCGUCCACGGUGGAACUAUGAUUAGAUCUGGCCGGAAGAAUUUGAUCAUUGCACUUCAGCACAAGAAGUCACGGAUUCCUACAGCCGUCAAAGGUGAUCAUGAAAACUCAAAGAUCGACCCCAAAUGGCUCGAUGAUGCCUCACAUAAAGCUUCCGAGUACGUGAAGGAGAAGGGAAGCGAUUUGGGACAUGCGUCUGCUGAGAAAGGACAAGAGGUUAAUGAUCAUAUAGAGAGAGCAAAGUACUAUAUGGCUGAGAAAGCUAGUGAAGCAAUCGACAACGUAGCUGAAAUUGCUCAGUUUGCUUCCGAGUUUGUGACGGCUAAAGGCAAAGAGACGAAGAAAGAAACUGCUUCGUUAUCGGAGAAAGCCAAAGACUUCUUCGUUGAAAAAGCUGGUGAAUUCAUAGAUUUAGCGACGGAUGUGAGCAAGAAAACAGCUAAGUACGUCGGAGAUAAAGCUACGGAGGUUAAAGAAGCUAUAAUGCCUCCAAAACCUUGAGUAUGUAUUUGUUUAUA